AUGAGAAGAAAACAUGAAGAUAGCAAUGGUUUCGAACACUGGGGGGGUUAUAUGGAAAUGAAAAAACAGAAACUUCAAGAACAAUUUGUUAAGGAUGCUGCACUUUAUCAAGAUGAGAAAGACGAACUGUUCAAGGGUAUCUCAGUGUUUGUGAAUGGCUAUUCAGAUCCACCAGCCGAUGAAAUUCGUAAUUUAAUGAUACAACAUGGUGGUAUUUAUCAUCAUUAUUACAGAUCUGGAAAAACUACUUAUGUAAUUGCUUCAAAUCUACCAGAUUCUAAAAUUAAACAAACUCAAGGAAUCAAAUUUGUUAAGCCUUCAUGGAUUGUUGAUUGCAUCAGAGAAAAGAAAAUUUUAGAUUAUCGAGACUAUCUUCUCUAUACUAAUCAGUCAAAAACUCAGCCUUCAAUCAAAGGACUCUUUUCUCCUCAGAAAGUAGACUCUACAAAAGUAGCAAAAACUGCUUCCGAUGAACGAUUUCUUUCAGAAUUUUAUAAUAACUCAAGGCUACAUCAUAUUUCUACGAUGGGGUCAAUCUUCAAACAGUAUGUCAAUGAUUUGCGGUUGGAUAAAGAUCACCGAUAUCCCGGUAUAAAUGAAUUGAAAACGUACAUUAGUUCAACUGGAAACCUAGAAUUAGAAGAACCCCUUGAAGCCAUUAGUUCUAAAGUAAUAAUGCACAUUGAUAUGGAUUGUUUUUUUGUUUCUGUUGGAAUAAGAAAUAGACCUGAACUGAAAGGCGUUCCUAUAGCUGUCACUCAUGCCAAAGGAAACAGACCACAACCUAAUGGUAAUGUGAAAAAGGAAAUAGAAGCUUAUCAGAACAGAGGUUACCAUUUUGAUAAGGAUAAAAUUAAUGAAAUGGACUCGAUGGCCGAAGUCGCCUCGUGUAGCUAUGAAGCAAGAGCAGCUGGAGUAAAGAAUGGCAUGUUCCUCGGCCAAGCACUUAAACUAUGUCCGUCUCUAAAGCCAAUUCCUUACGACUUUGACUCUUAUAAAGAAGUUUCAUUCGAUCUUUAUAAUACUGUUGCCAGAUACACACUUGACAUAGAAGCUGUGAGCUGUGAUGAGAUGUACGUAGAUUGUACUGAACUAUUGAGAACUACCAAUAUAAGUCCUUUACAGUUCGCUCAAAUACUUAGAGAUGAAGUGAAGAGGAAGACUAAAUGCCCUUGCUCGGUUGGACUUGGAGCGAACCGCCUCCAGGCACGAAUAGCAACAAAAAAAGCCAAACCUGAUGGUCAAUUUCACUUACAAGAUGAUCCAGAAAGGUUUUUUGAAAACAUUCCAGUUUCAGAUCUGCCUGGUGUUGGUUAUUCAACUUCAUACAAAUUAAAAAGCUUUGGCAUUAGAUCUUGUGGUGACCUUCAGAAAUUGUCGUUAGAGAAGUUACAGAGCGAAUUUGGCAAUAAACUUGGCAUGACAUUGUUUAAGAAUUGCCGAGGCAUUGAUGAAAAAGAACUUAUUUUCAAUCAAGUUCGGAAAUCUGUUUCUGCUGAUGUUAAUUACGGUAUAAGGUUUAAAAAUGACAGUGAGCGGGAUGCAUUUCUUAAACAGCUGUCUGAAGAAGUUGCGCAAAGAGUGCAAGCAAUCAAAAUGAAAGGGAAAUGUAUUACUCUUAAAUUGAUGGUGCGCUCUAAGGAUGCACCUGAGGAAACAGCAAAGUAUAUGGGCCAUGGCGUUUGUGACAACGUUACUAAAUCAUCUUCACUCUCCAGUGCCAUCUCUGACGCUCCCUCCAUUAACAGGGAAGUUUUAAAAAUUAUCAGUAAAUUGAAUAUAGAUGCAAAAGAGCUUAGGGGGAUUGGUAUCCAACUGACACGACUGGAGGGCGCUUUAGAAAAUAAAAACAGCGUACUGAUGAAAUUUCUUGAAACAAAUAAACAGGAAACAGGUGAUAAAGUAGUCCCUUCCAAGAAGAAAGAGAUUAGCACUUCAUCUCUUAAUAAAAAUUCCUUCCAGAGGAAUUCUGUCAUCGAUUUAUCUCUAUCUCAAGUGGAUCAGUCGUUUUUGAAGGCCAUGCCGAAGGAUAUCCAAGAGGAAAUUAUGAUGUCACUAAAGAAUACCAAAAAGGUGAAAAAUGAUUUUUUCAAAAAACGUUCAUCACCAAUUAAGAGGAUAGAAACUAAAGAAGAUGAAUCUACGAAGGAAAGUGCUUCAGAAAACAGCAAUGUUGUCGAAGAUACAUUUAACAAUUACAUUUCUCUUGGAGGAUUAAAGAAUCUUCUUGAGGAGUGGGUGAGCAGUGAAGAGGUACCAUUGGCUAAAGACCUCACACUAAUUAUAAAUUAUUUGAAAGAGCUUAUAACGAAACGAUAUCUUCAAGAAUUAUUAGUAAUAUUAAAAUAUUUUCAUAGGUUUGUGAGGUCUUAUAAAAAAUCUGACCAAUGGAAAAAUGCUUUUUUAUCAACAUUGAACUCAGUUCAAGAGAAAAUGGUUGAAGUGUUCAAAGGAACCCUAGCCAUCGAAGAGGAAUAUGCUCAUUUUUAAAGUUUGUCUUUUGUAAUAAGAGUAAAUUGUAAAUAAGUUCUACCAUAACUGUUUAUAUUUGG